CUGGACGUCUCAGUGGUACCAUCCUUCAGUACUGGUUCAUAUUACCGUCUCCUUCGAGCAAAAGUGCGACUCAGCCGAAAGCUGGAAAAGAAGAUCUACCAACAUGUUGGAGGAAGGAGGGAAGUCGUAAUGAGAUGUCAGAUUGGAGGAGCUCCUGUCCGUUUGCGACUGGCCCAUCGCCCCAAUGAAGGACUGUGA